AUGUCAUCAUUAAGAUCUUUCCAACGCUCAUCAAACUUGGCUAGAAACGCUGUUAAAUCAGUUAGAACUUAUGCCACUGCUGAACCAACUUUGAAACAAAGAUUGGAUGAGUUGAUUCCAGAAAAAGCUGAAGAGGUUAAACAAUUUAAAAAAGAAUAUGGUAAAACCGUUAUUGGUGAAGUUCUUUUGGAACAAGCUUAUGGUGGUAUGAGAGGUAUCAAGGGUUUGGUUUGGGAAGGUUCAGUUUUGGACCCAAUUGAAGGUAUCCGUUUCAGAGGAAGAACCAUUCCAGACAUUCAAAAAGAAUUGCCAAAAGCCCCAGGUGGAAGUGAGCCAUUGCCAGAAGCUUUGUUUUGGUUGUUGUUGACUGGUGAAGUCCCAACCGAUGCUCAAACCAAGGCAUUUUCUGAAGAAUUGGCUGCUAGAUCAGAAUUGCCAAAACACGUUGAGGAUUUGAUUGACAGAUCUCCAGCUCAUUUGCACCCAAUGGCUCAAUUUUCAAUUGCUGUUACUGCAUUGGAAUCUGAGUCUGAAUUUGCUAAAGCUUACGCCAAGGGUGUCAACAAGAAGGAUUACUGGAAGUACACUUAUGAAGAUUCCAUCUCAUUAUUGGCUAAAUUGCCAGUUAUUGCUGCCAAAAUUUACAGAAAUGUGUUUAAGGAUGGUAAAUUGCCAACCAAGGUUGAUGGUAAAUUGGACUAUGGUGCCAACUUGGCCAACUUGUUGGGUUUUGAAAAUCCAGAAUUUUUGGAAUUGAUGAGAUUGUACUUGACCAUCCAUUCUGAUCACGAAGGUGGUAAUGUUUCUGCUCACACCACCCAUUUGGUUGGUUCAGCUUUGUCAUCACCAAUGUUGUCAUUGGCUGCUGGUUUGAAUGGUUUGGCUGGUCCAUUGCACGGAAGAGCCAACCAGGAAGUUUUGGAAUGGUUGUUUAAGAUGAGGGAGGAAUUGCAAGGAAACUACUCCAAGGAAAAUAUUGAAAAGUACUUGUGGGAAACCUUGAAUGCUGGUAGAGUUGUUCCAGGUUAUGGUCACGCAGUCUUGAGAAAGACUGAUCCAAGAUACACUGCUCAAAGAGAAUUUGCUUUGAAACACAUGCCAGACUAUGAAUUGUUCAAGUUGGUUUCAAAUAUUUACGAAGUUGCUCCAGGUGUAUUGACCAAACAAGGUAAAACCAAGAACCCAUGGCCAAAUGUCGACUCCCACUCUGGUGUCUUGUUGCAAUACUAUGGUUUGACUGAAGAAUCAUUCUACACUGUUUUGUUCGGUGUUGCCAGAGCUUUCGGUGUAUUGCCACAAUUGAUUUUGGACAGAGGUGUUGGUAUGCCAAUUGAACGUCCAAAAUCAUUCUCAACUGAAAAAUACAUUGAAUUGGUUAAAAACAUCAAGGCUAACAACUAA